GAUUUUGCUAUCCCUAUUGCACCACUAGUCAUGUGGCUAGGUUAUAGAUACGAUAACGCUUUUGGAGAGAAUCACGAAUCAAUCAAAGAAAAGGCAGAAGCUUUGUUGAGAACAGACGACAGCAGGUUAAAAAUGAUUGGAGGUCCAUUGACGCUCACAGAAAUUGAUGCUUACCGAGAGCAGCACUUCCGAUGA